AUGACCGACCCGAUGGCGACAGACCCCACCACGCCUUCAGCCCAGAAGAAGAGGAGGGCACCAGAGGAGGAAAAGUUGAGCCUGGAAGCCAUCCGUGAAGUGGUUCGCAGCGAGGUUACGGGGAGUACCAGCACACUGCGGGCCGAGAUCAACCAGCGCAUGGACCGCGUCGAGACGGGGGUCACCGCACAGCUUGAACGCACUUUGGAACGCCUCGCCGCCAUCACCAACCAGCAGGCGGAGCAGCAGCGUGUCGUGGAAACCAUCCAGGGGGAGCAAUACUCCAUGUCAGCCAGGCUGCAAGCCCUGGAGAACAAGGUGCAAGUGAUCCAAAGCACAGGGGCUUCCAGUACGGCAGAUACGGACUUUGGGGGGCGCAAACCGGCGCUCAUUAUGGGCGGAUGGGGGGAUGACACCCCCGCGGAGGAACAACGUGAAACAGAUGGUCAAAGAUUUGCGGCUGGACAUCCCCACCGACCAAGCCUUCGUUCCGGGGGUGAGAAGGGGAUACGCCAUACUCCCCUAUGGCGCCAAAGACGGGGAGGAUCACGUGACCGCCUGUCGGCGGCCCUCCGCCGGUUCCGCCAGGCCAACAUACAAAUGGGGGUGCAGCAGGAUGGAAAGGCCAAAUACCUCUGGCUCCAGCUGUCCCAGUCGCCGGAACGGAGAAGGCACGUGCAGCUUGCUGGCAAAUGCAAACGGCUCUGCCUCACCCUUGGGGGCGACCUUGCCCAAAGUCGAGACCAAGUAGCGGGAAGACGAGACGAGGCCUGGGGAGAAGCAGCCAUGCACCCAUGGGCGCUCCGAAUGCAAGCAACCACAGCCAAGGAGACCUGGGCACCACAGUACCGUGGCACGCGCCCUCGCCAAUACCUGAAGAAGGAGCCACCACGGAGGAGGAGUACUGGCUACCGGGGGCAAGCCGAAGCACUGCUGCGCAGCGAAACAGAAGAGACACUGGCGGCCUGGAUGCAGGUCACAGGGAACGAGGGGGACGACCUGGAAGCCAUGGCCCUGGCUAGAACCACGAGCCUCAGCCUGGCAACAGAUGGGGAGAUGGGCAGAAGGGGGAUCACGCCGCCGCCCACGCCCAACGUCCAGAUCGAUGAGGCAGAGGCAGCGAUCCAGUCACUUAUGGCAGCCUACCCCUUGGGCAUGGACCGGCUGGGGGAGCUACGAAAUCUCCUGGACCAAGCAGCGGAAGGUGUGACUGCGCUGAAGCACAACAGCGAGCCGCACGUGGGGGAGAACCACGACAACGAGCCCUACGUGACGAAGGACCGGACGCCACGCACGCAGCUCAUCCCCUUCCUCGAAGGGGAGAUGCAGCAACAGACAGCUGCAGCCCUACGGGAACUUGACGCAUGGACCCGCAGUUACUGGGGGAGCGACGUGGAGUUCGGAGUUAGUCAGCGACGAGGGGGAGACCACGGGGGACAAGGCGGCCAGUUCCUCGACUUGGCCUACCACCGCAGCGGACGACGAGUGGACCGCCUUCUAAGGGAGGGCACUCAGCGAUUCCACUCGCACAGAAGAGCGAGGAACUGGGGCGCAGUACACAGAGGAGAAGACUACGCAGAAAGAGCAGAAGAGCUGCUCAACAACGUGCUCCAGGCCACAGAAGGGCAACAGCGAGUACCAGACCACUUCAGGGACAGCCUGGACAGGGUGGUGCACCUCUGCCAGGAAGCGUCGGCGGCACACGCCGAAGCCUGGGGAGAACCAGGAGAGGAGCAGUUGAACCUGGACCGAGCUGCAGAGGUAACAGCUCCUUUGCCAAAGAAGGCGAGGCUCGGCAGAGAGCAACACCAAGCCGACGUGGUGGCACACGCUGGAGGGCAGCCCAGCUCCCCAAUCUUGGGAGACCAGAGGCCGGAACCACCACUGCAAGCGCUCUACAUGCUCCGCCGCCUCCAGCCUUUCUUGCAUGGGCAGAUGCACGAAAUGGUGGGAUCGGCCAUUUGUGACCUGAUGCAAUGGUCGACACAGUUCUUCGGAGCACCAGUGGAAGUGGUACCAGACGAGAGCGACGACUCCACGGCUACAGCGGCAGUGGAACCACUCCCUGAACCUGCCCCGGGAGCCGACCAGGGAGUACCUCAACAACGAGCGCUACUACACGACCGCCGAGAACCUGCCCAGGGAGUACCCGCUCCCAUGACGACGCCUGAACCAGACGACGACCACGCCAAGCCGCCUGAGCCGGGACCGGGGGCACCUACCUUGACAACAGCUACUGGAGGACCCGGCGUGGCACCUACCCAAGACGAGGAAAGCGCCACAGUGCCAUGGCAUGCUCCCACGCCGGAGUAUGAACCCCAGCUGUGUGCACAGCCCGCGGGGGAAGAGAGCGACUGGGGCACUGGAGCACUUCCUCUACAACCGUGGGAACACCCUCCGGAAGACGAACUGAGCGCCACCAGCCGAGUGAGCCACAGAAGACGGCGGUUACUGGCUGUAAUGGCUGACGACUGA